AUGGAGAAGGACCUGACCAACGUGGGCGAAAAGGAGCUCGGUCCAUCGGGAUCGGAGGAGCCAGCCGGACCGAGUGGACGGGAGACCCAGCUGCGGGCCGACCCAGUGGAAAGGGACCAGGGAGGUUGGAAAAUCAAGCCUACCGCUCGAGGAAGCUCGCAAACGGCGAGCUCGGAGAGCUGGCGGGAAGCCCGGGAGCCGGAGCUCCGCCAGGAAGGGAGCAAUGAAGCCGAGGAGCUGCCGCCCCCGGCCUCGGCCCGCCCAGGGGGCGGGGAGACGGCGGGCUCCGCGAGCGGGGUGGCCGGCGACCCCGAGGCCCAGAGGCGGGGACAGGGGCGGGGAGAGAGCGCCCCGGCGGUGGCCACAGACAAGGGGCCGGAGCUCCUGGAGACCCAGCCCGGGGAGUCGCCGAGCUCCCGGAGCUUCGGGAGGAUACUGCAGCGCUUCGUGAAGGGCCAGGCGCAGGCCCGAGCCGAGGACGGGGAGGCGGAGGCCGGCUCCACCCAGAAGCCCGGCAAGAACCACUCCUGGUCGGAGAAGCCCCCCAGUCGGAGGACGCAGACGCAGAGCGAGGAGGAGGAGGAGGGCAAGUUAGGCAACGAACCCAGCUCGGAAACGCUGUUGCGGCACAAGCCGACCAAGAUCAGAUUCAGCAUCUGCCCUGCAUCCGCUCGCUUUCACUCCCGCUCCGCCACUCGCUGCCCUUCGGGCUACAGUGUCAUUAAGGAGCUAGCGAAGAUGGGCGACCCAGAUGUCUUUGAAAUGGUGGCGGCAGAAGGUAGGAGUGCGCGGGGGGCGUGCCAGGCCGAGGGUGCGGAGCCCGCCGCGCCGGGGGCUGGAACCGCGGGGGACGUUGGCGCCCCGCCGGCCCAGGUGCCCGAGACGUUAGUUGAGGGGCGCGCCCUGCGCGAGCCUGGGGGCCGCGGACAGAAGUAUCCGUGGGGAGCACGUCGGCCCCCCGCGAUUUCCUCUGGCGCAUGCACACUCCCUAGACAUUCUAUUAACAGAAUUAUAUAUUUUUCCCUAUGGUGCUGUUCCCAGAGCAUGAGCAGCAGAGAGACCACCUUCCUCAUCCAGGAACAGCCAAGGUAUAUUAAACGCUACAAUAUGUUCCUGAGGCGGCGUCUCAUGUUUUCAAGAAGUCUGCAAAGCAAGGAUUCAAUCUUCUUCCGAGAUGGUGUUCGACAGAUUGAUUUUGUGCUGUCCUAUGUUGAUGACUUAAGGAAAGAAGGAGACAUAAAAGUGGAUAGAAGAAGAGAAUUUGAAAUAAAUCUCAAAAAAACGGGCCUUGAGUUGGAGACUGAAGACAAAAGGGACUCUGAAGAUGGAAAAACUUACUUUGUCAAGAUCCAUGCCCCUUGGGAGGUAUUAAUUACCUAUGCAGAAGUGCUGGGAAUGAAAAUGCCUAUUAAGGAGAGUGAUAUUCCCCCACCUGAUCGAAACCCUUUUAGCUUUAUGCUUGGGCCUCUGAAACUUGAAAAGUCUGUGAAGCAUCCUCAUCCUGAAUAUUUUACUGCACAAUUCACACGACAUCGGCAGGAGCUCUUUCUCAUUGAAGAUGAGGCAUCCUUCUUUCCAUCCUCAGCAAGAAACAGAAUUGUUUAUUAUAUUCUUUCACGAUGUCCUUUUGGCACAGAAGAGGGAAAGAAAAGAUUUGGGAUUGAAAGACUACUGAGUUCUAACACGUAUUCAUCUGCUUACCCACUCCAUGAUGGCCAAUAUUGGAAGCCAUCAGAACCACCCAGUCCUGUCAGUGAAAGAUAUGUGCUUUACAAGAAUUGGGCUACAUUUUCCCACUUUUAUAAGGAACAGCCUCUGCAUUUGAUUAAACAAUAUUAUGGAGAAAAAAUUGGCAUCUAUUUUGUCUUUCUUGGAUAUUACACAGAAAUGCUGUCCUAUGCAGCUGUGGUUGGAUUCGUCUGCUUUGUUUAUGGCUUAUUAUCAAUGGAAAGCAACUCAAGCAGCCGUGAAAUCUGUGACCCUAAUAUUGGCGGUCAGAUACUCAUGUGCCCACUCUGUGACAAAUUGUGUGAUUUUUGGAGACUAAAUUCUACAUGUUUGGCCUCUAAAAUCUCCCAUUUAUUUGAUAAUGAAUCAACAGUGUUCUUUGCAAUAUUCAUGGGAAUUUGGGUCACUCUGUUUUUGGAGUUUUGGAAACAACGACAAAUAAAACUGGAAUAUGAGUGGGACAUGGUCGAUUUUGAAGAGGAACAGCAACAACUUCAGCUGAGGCCUGAAUUUGAAGCUAUGUGUAAAGACAGGAAAUUGAAUCCAGUCACUAAGGAAAUGGAACCCCACAUGCCUCUGUAUAGUCGUAUCCCAUGGUACCUUCUCUCAGGAGCCACUGUGACAUUUUGGAUGUCUCUUGUUGUCGCCUGUAUGGUAGCUGUGAUUGUGUACCGCCUGUCGGUCUAUGCUACAUUUGCUACCCUAAUGGAAUCUGAAAAAACUUUAGAGCCUGUCCGAAGUAUCCUUACUCCUCAGCUGACCACAUCACUCACAGGAUCAUGCUUGAACUUUAUUGUCAUCUUAAUCUUGAAUUUCUUUUAUGAAAAGAUAUCUGCCUGGAUCACAAAAAUGGAAAUCCCUCGAACUUAUCAGGAAUAUGAAAGCAGUCUUACCUUGAAAAUGUUCCUAUUUCAGUUUGUAAACUACUAUUCCUCCAUCUUCUAUGUGGCUUUCUUUAAAGGGAAGCUCGUGGGCUAUCCUGGAAAAUACACAUACAUGUUUAACAUUUGGAGAAGUGAAGAGUGUGACCCUGCAGGGUGCCUAAUAGAACUGACAACUCAAUUGACCAUCAUAAUGUUUGGGAAGCAGCUGUUUGGAAACAUCAAAGAAGCUGUUUAUCCCCUUAUUUUGAAUUGGUGGAGACGUCGAAAAACUCGGACCAACUCUGAGAAAUUAUAUAGUCGAUGGGAGCAGGAUCAUGACCUGGAAUCCUUUGACAACCUUUGUCUGUUCUAUGAGUACUUAGAAACAGUUAUUCAGUUUGGAUUUGUUACAUUAUUUGUGGCCUCUUUUCCUCUGGCUCCUCUUUUAGCUCUUUUGAAUAAUAUUAUAGAGAUCCGAGUUGAUGCUUGGAAGCUUACGACUCAGUACAGGAGGCCAGUAGCUGCUAAAGCUCAUAGCAUAGGAGUCUGGCAAGACAUUCUCUUCGGAAUGGCGGUCCUUUCGGUUGCAACUAAUGCCUUCAUUGUUGCCUUCACAUCAGAUAUCAUUCCUCGUUUAGUUUACUUCUAUGCCUAUUCAACCGAUACCGCGGAGCCUUUGCAGGGUUACAUCAAUAACAGCCUGUCCGUGUUCCUCAUCGCUGAUUUUAGCAACCGCUCUGCACCCGCGGAGAAGCGAGGCUUCCUCACCUGCAGGUACAGAGAUUACAGGUACCCUCCAGAGCAUGAGUCAAAGUAUUCUCCUAAUAUGCAGUUUUGGCAUGUGCUUGCUGCCAAGAUGACCUUCAUCAUAGUCAUGGAACAUGUUGUGUUCUUAUUCAAAUUUUUGUUGGCGUGGAUGAUCCCUGAUGUUCCAAAAGAUGUUGCUGAGAGAAUCAAGCGAGAAAAGUUAAUGACUGUCAAGAUUCUCCAUGAUUUUGAACUCAACAAAUUAAAAGAGAACUUGAGAAUGAAUUCUGAUCUUUUCGCCAAGCAAGUCCUGAUUCAGGAAAACAAAGCAGAGCUGGCUAAUUUACCAGUAUAA